UCUGGUUUAUUGCCAGUUAAUCGCAAGUGCGGUCGCGGCAGAGUUGCUAGCUCCAGUACAGUGGGUGGCGGUAAUGCGCCACUAAAGGAAGGAAGUACAAGAAGGAAGGAAGGAAGUAAAGGAAGUACAAGAAGAAGAAGAAAGCGGCAGAUUUGAAUGCAUAAUUCUAAUACAUCAGUAUGAUUCGAUAAACUUCAGCAGCAUUUCUUUGACACAUGCAGUGCAGUUAGGCGAGCUCAAAUCAGAUACAAAACUGCUCGAGCACUAUUAAUUUACAGUGAUAAAUGGCAAGGGAAACAUCAGGUAAAUAUUUCCUGACUUCCACUAGAGGAUAUCCCUCACAACGAAGACAGAACCAUGUCUUGGACAUUCGCCUCAUAAAUUAUUGAACGGAAAUUAAAUUUUGUUUAAUAAACUUCAUAAGAAAAAAAGAAGGCAGUGUGAUCUCUGGACCAGUGAUGAUUCUUUUAGUUCCUUGACAUGUACAUAUGUACCUUCAUUCAUCUGUCAACAUUACUACCUCUCCUUCUCACCAUGAACAUUGUGCUGUGUAUGGCAACAUGUAAUAAUGCAGAAUAUGAAAUUAAUGGAGAGUGUUGCCCAAUGUGUGAUCCAGGAAAAAGAGUUAAGAACCAUUGUGAUGCGUACACAAGCACAACAUGUGAUUCAUGUCCUGUGAUGACCUACACUAACGUUCCUAAUGGAUUCACAAAAUGUCUGCCAUGUUUUGUGUGUGAUUCAAGUAAUGGGUUGAGAGAAAAGCAGGCAUGUACAUCAAUAUCAGAUACAGUGUGUGAACCUCUUCCAGGUUAUUACUGUAUAGACUUGCUCUCCAACUGUAAAAAGGCCAUGAAACAUUCAACCUGUUCACCUGGACAAUAUAUCAACCAAACCGCUGAAUAUGAGAUACACAAGCAGUGCUGCCCAAUGUGUUCCCCUGGUAAGACUUAUGUUGUCUGGCAUUGUCAUUUUUGGAAAAUCACAACUUGUGUUCCAUGCCCUCAAUUAACUUUCAUUGAUGAACCAAAUGGCCUUGUGGAAUGCUUUCCCUGUACUGUAUGUGAUGCAGACCGAGGUUUAAGACUGAGUGAAGUAUGCACUCGAUCAUCAGAUACUGUUUGUGGGCCACUGGAGAGAUUCUACUGCAUUGAAAAACAGAAAGGCAGCUGCACUUUAGCUGUGCAACAUUCUGAAUGUAGCCCUGGACAAUAUAUCAAACAAGCAGGUACUGGUUCCACAGAUACUGUAUGUGCUGACUGUACAGCUGACACAUAUUCUAACGGAUCUUUCUCAUCCUGUUUACCACAUACAAAAUGUGAAGCCAUGGGACUUGCUGAAACAAAUCCAGGAACACAUUCAUCAGAUUCUGAAUGUGGAAAUCCCCCUACUGCUGUAGCAAUCAUUGCCUCUAGUGUUAUAGUUACUUUAAUAUUAAUUACAGUAGUAAGUGUUUUAAUAUUUAAACACAUUCGGAAGAAGAAACUAUCAAAAAGUUCAGCGUUGCAGGAAACAGGAAAUGGUUUUUGUGAAAACGAAAGUUCAAAAGGUGUUGGGGGCAGGAUAAAUGUUGAAUCAUUUGGACUAGAAGAACAAGUCCUAAGAACCUGGGAAUGACUACAGUUUCUAAACUACUCAUAUAUUUUACCACAUUCACUGAAAGAGUUAUCAUGCCAGGAAUUUAUCGGUUUGAGCAGUGAUUACUAAUCCUCUUACAUUUAGCAGAUAUGCAAAUAAGUAGCCAUUUAAUUAACAGUCUAGAAUAAUCAUGGCUGAGACACUGUGCAAACUUAAAAGAAAACCAAACUGAUCUCAAGAACAGCUGUUACUUCUUGCCCAACUUUUAAUUACAUUAAAUAAUAAUCGUGAUAUGUUUCUAAAAUGUUUAUGUUAUUAUUUU